AUGAAGUGUCUAAGCUUUCUUCCUUGGACCCUGGUGACAUUAUUAAUGAUUUUUGGGAAAAACCAUGGAUCUGAUUCUGGUGAAAAAAAUAGACCCAAAAGGAACAUUAAUCAGACACAGCCUCGCAUAUCGUCUGAAGAGGGCAAUUUAGUCUUCCAUACUGGCUCUACCAAGAAUAUUGAGUUCAGAACUGGAUCACAGGGCAGAAUAAAACUUAAUGAAGAAGACCUUGCUGAUGUUUUUAGUCAGAUCCAACGGAAUAAAGAUGAACUUCUAGAACUAAAAAGACUCACAAGCACACAUCACAAUGUUUCUAGUGAGAUCAUCCAGCUUCAAUCCCAGAUUGUGAAUAUCGAAGGUAGACUUCAUAAUCUUGAGCUGACCUUCCUAAAAAAACACUGUAGUAGCAACCCUUGCCAGAAUUCUGGAACCUGCAUAAAUCUACUAAAUGCUUUCUUUUGUCUUUGUCCCAACAAUUGGCAGGGACCAGAUUGUUCUGUUGAUGUUAAUGAAUGCCAGAUUUAUGAGGGAACAUCCUUAGGAUGCCAGAAUGGAGCAACAUGUGUAAAUAAGCCGGGGAAUUACAGUUGCAUUUGUACACCAGAAACAUACGGACAGUACUGCACAUCAAAAUUUGAUGAUUGUCAAGGAGGAUCAUCUUUUCUUUGUGGACAUGGGGUUUGUGUGGAUGGAAACAGAGAACAGCUCCAUCAGCCAAAUUAUACUUGCAUCUGUGAUGAUGGCUGGAUGUCGCCUCCAAGGAGCCUUGCUUGCAAUGCUGACAUUGAUGAAUGCAGCCUUCCGAACCCACCCUGUUCAGUGAAUCCUCCUGUACGGUGUGUCAACAUGCCAGGCUUCUAUUUCUGCGAUCCUUGUCCAGCCGGCUAUGAAGGUGAUGGGAAAAUAUGCACAUUGGUUAACAUAUGCUCAGUCAACAAUGGGGGUUGCCAUCCACUUGCUGUAUGUAACAACAUAUCAGGCCCUGUACCUAAUUGUGUUUGCCCAGAUGGAUACACUGGAAAUGGUUAUGGUUCAAAUGGAUGUUUUGCCCUGAGCACCAUAUGCCAAACACAUAAUCCUUGUGUAAAUGGACAGUGUCUUCAGAAUAUGGAAGUCCUGUUUGUUGAAGAGAGUUUUGUUGGUUCAACAAACCAUUCCAAGGUUGAAUGCGGUGGAGAACUGACCAGUGUGUAUGGAACAAUUAAUUCACCCGAAUAUCCUGGCAACUACCCUCCCAAUAGGGAUUGCUAUUGGAUGAUUUCAACUAAUCCUGGUCUUUUUAUUACAUUUGCUUUUGGCAUAUUGAGUCUUGAACAUCAUGAUAACUGUACCCAAGAUUAUCUUGAGAUUCGAGAUGGCCUUCUCUCACAAGAUCCCCUCCUUGGGAAAUAUUGCAGUACUGGGUUACCACCUCCUCUUCAAACCACUGGUCCAUAUGCCUGGGUACAUUUUCACUCCAAUGGCUUUGAUAACGAUAGAGGAUUCCAUAUCACAUACAUAACAUCACCUGUGGAUCCCAACUGUGGAGGAAACUAUACAGAUAGCAGUGGGGUCAUCAUGUCUCCCUACUGGCCCAGUUCUUAUCUGAACAACAGACAAUGUAUUUAUAUCAUUCGACAGCCAUCCAAUGAAAAAAUCUAUUUGAAUUUCACACACCUAGAGCUGGAAAGGCAUCCCAACUGCUCCCUGAAUUAUAUUGAGAUCCGAGAUGGUGACACUGUGAUGGCUCCCAUAAUCAACAAAUUCUGUGGAAGUAUGCUUCCUUCUGCAAUCACUUCCAAUCAAAACAGUCUCUGGAUCAAGUUCAAAUCUGAUAUUUCAGUUAAUACUUCUAAUUUCAGGGCCACUUAUGAAGUUGCUUGUGGAGGACCCUUGUCUGGUGAAGGGGUCAUCAGAUCUCCCUACUUUACCAGAUCAUUGCCAAAGGGCCAUAUAUGUGAAUGGAUCAUAACUGAACCUGAAGACAAUAUUGUGAUUCUUAAUUUCACUGAUUUUCGUAUCUAUAAUGUUACUACUUGCAAUUCAGAUUAUGUAGAGAUUAGAAAUGGCGGCAAUGCAAAUUCUCCUUCUCUGGGAAAAUACUGUGGGACAACAAUACCACCAGUGAUUCAUUCAAGACAUAACUCACUUUAUAUAAAAUUCAGAGCUUCAUCUACUACAAAUCUUGGUUUCAUGGCUGAAUACAAACCUUUUGAUAUAGCAUGCGGAGGGAUUCUCACAGAGCCUAAUGGGAUUCUUGCAAGCCCUGGUUAUCUCAACAUUUACCCACAUGGUGUCAGAUGCUUAUGGACUAUAACAGUGCAACCGGGAUAUUUAAUACAUCUGACCUUCACUUAUUUUUCCUUGGAAUUUGAUUACAAUUGCAAUAGAGAUUAUCUUGACAUCUAUGACAACAGCACCAUGACAAAAAUAGGGCGGUACUGUGGCAGGUCCAUUCCACCAUCUAUUACUAGUAGUGGCAACACUGUAACUUUGCAUUUUGUGACAAAUCGCAACAUUGCAUCUGAGGGAUUCUCAGUUAAUUAUGCUUCACUGAAUGCAUCUACAGUAUGUUCACAUGAAUAUAUAACAGCCUCUGGUGUGCUAACAUCACCAAAUUAUCCAAACAACUAUCCAGAUAAAACGGUAUGCGUAUACAAGAUCCAUGUGUCAAACAACAAACAAAUUGCUUUGCAUUUCACCAAUUUCUCUUUGGAGAAAGGAGCCAUGUGUCUUCAGGAUUAUCUAGAAAUUAGAGAUGGAGGGUAUGAAACAUCUCCUUUGCUUGGGAAGUAUUGUGGCUCCUUGUUGCCUCCUGUUACCAUUUCCCAUAGUAAUAAUCUGUGGAUAAAGUUUGUGAGUGAUAUAUAUUUAACAAGCACUGGCUUCUCAGCUUAUUGGGAUGGAACAUCAACAGGUUGUGGUGGAAUCCUUACAACUUCUUCUGGAAUAUUCAUGUCUCCCAACUACCCUAUGCCCUAUUAUGAAAAUGCAGAAUGUUAUUGGCUGCUGAAAUCAAGUCAUGGAAGUGUGUUUGAACUCUAUUUUGAUCAGUUCCAUCUAGAGGCUCAUUCAUCCUGUUACUUUGAUUAUCUUGCUGUGUAUGAUGGCAACAGUAGCAACAGUAACAUGUUAGGCAAGUUUUGUGGUAAUCAGAUCCCGCCCACAUUACGUUCUACUAGCAAUAAUAUGUACAUAAAACUAAGGACAGACGGGUCUUUAAACAAAAGAGGUUUCCUUGCUCAUUUUAAGCAAGCUUGCCAGGGAAUAGUAAUUGCCAAUCAUUCCCAAGGCAUUUUGGAGACUUUGGAUUAUCCUGACAACUACCCUCCAGGUGUAUAUUGCAAUUGGACCAUCCAAACUACAACUGGUAACACCCUGAACUACAGCUUUCAAGCAUUUAGCAUAAAAGGGGGUGACAGAUGUGAACGUGAUCAUUUAAAGCUUUAUGAUGGCCCUAAUGCUCAAUCCAGUUUGAUUGGCACAUUUUGUGGAAUUAAUGUUCUUCCAUCUGGAGGUACCACAAAUUCCAGUCUUCAUGUGGUGUUUUUUUCUGAUCAAAUAGAUGAGUCUACCGGAUUUCAGAUGCUAUGGAAAGUAAAUGGAUGUGGUGAAGAAUUCUUUGAACCAUCUGGAUCUUUCCAUAGCCCUGGCUAUCCAAACAGAAACCCACAAAAUAGGGAAUGUUACUGGUAUAUUCACACAGCACCAGGUAGUAGCGUUCAACUGACUAUUCUGGAAUUUGAUGUGGAAUACAAUUCAAGUUGUAACCAUAAUGUUCUGGAGAUCUAUGGUGGAUAUGAUUCAUCUUCACCUAGGCUGGCCCAAAUUUGCACUCCAAGAUCAUCACAGAAUCCUUUGCAUGUCUCUAGCACUGGAAAUGCAGUUACAGUCAGGUUCAAAACAAGUGGGAGAAUGAACAGAAAAGGAUUCAAUGCCAGUUGGCAAGAAAUAGCUGGAGGUUGUGGAGGCAUUUUCCAAGCCCCACAAGGUGAAAUUUACUCUCCAAACUACCCACAACCUUACAGUAAGAACACUGACUGCUCUUGGGUUCUUCGUGUUGAUAAAGGUCACCGUAUAAUGCUGAACUUCACUGAUAUACAGCUAGAAUUCUCCUUUACAUGCCGCUUUGAUUAUGUUGCAGUUUUUGAUGGUCCAAAUAGGGAAGCUCAACUUCUUGGAAAAGUUUGUGGAGUGCAGCAGCCUUCUCCUUUCACAUCUACCCAAAAUACCAUGUUUGUGCGGUUUCGCUCUGACUCAUCUGUACAUCGCCAAGGCUUUCGAGCUUGGUUCACUGAAGUUUGUGGAAGUGCCUUAGAAGCUGAUUCAGUUGGUGGAGCCAUUUCUUCUCCUCUGUAUCCAGCAAUAUACCCAAAUAAUCAGAACUGUAGUUGGAUUAUUCAAGCCCAAGAACCAUUUAACCACAUUACAUUAUCAUUCACUGACUUUGACAUUGAAAAUAACAUGCUUAACUGCAGCACUGAUUAUGUAGAAAUUCGGGAAGGAGAUAAUUCCAAUGCUCCUUUGCAAGGACAUUAUUGUGGCUCCACUAUGCCACUUCCUGUUACUUCUUUUGGCAACGCUUUAUCCAUCAAUUUUGUUUCUAAUAAUGCCACCACAGCAAAAGGAUUUCAUGCCACCUUUGCUGCAUCAACAUCUGCUUGUGGGGGUACCUUCCAUAUGGAGAGAGGAGCCUUCAAUAGCCCAAGUUUUCCUGAGCCUUAUCCAUUGAACAUUGAAUGUGUCUGGAAUCUUCUGAGCUCCCCUGGCAACCGGCUCCAGCUGUCUUUCACGGACUUUCAGGUGGAAGAAAGUGAAGGCUGUACCAGAGACUACAUAGAAAUUAGGGAAGGUAAUUUCAGUGGUUCUCUGGUGGGACGAUACUGUGGGAACUCUUUGCCAGUGAAUUAUACCUCAAUUACCGGACAUAUCCUUUGGGUGAAGUUUGUCUCAGAUGGCUCUAGUAGUAGAAGAGGAUUCCAGGCUACAUUUGCCCACUUGUUUGGAAAUAGUAUUAUAGGAACAGAUGGACAAAUUGCUUCUCCACUAUGGCCUAGAAAGUAUCCUCACUUCUCCAACUAUCAGUGGAUGAUAACUGUGAAUGAAACACAAGUUAUUCAUGGUGAUAUAUCACAAAUGGAUAUUGAGGAUGUGAAUAAUUGUUAUAAUGAUAAGCUGAAGAUUUAUGAUGGGCCAGACAUACAUUCACGUCUCAUUGGAACAUAUUGUGGGGUAGCUCCAUCUUCUUUCACCUCCUCUGGAAACUCUGUCACUCUCCAAUUCACCUCUGAUUCUUAUGCAAAUGGAAAGGGGUUUCUUUUGGACUGGUAUGCAAUGGAAGCAUCAUUUGGGAUUUUAAAAACUUUUGCAUCAGGUGCCUGUGGAGGUCUCCUAACAGCUGGUGAAACACCUUUUUUCCUAUUCUCACCAGACUGGCCUUCAAAGUACAGAAAUUUUGCAGAUUGCACAUGGCUUAUCAGAGCACAAGACUCAACAGUGGAGUUUACCCUCCUAAUUUUGGAUAUAGAGUCUCAUGGCUCAUGCAGUGAUGAUAAACUUGUCUUCAGAGACGGAGACAAUAGUCUUGCACCAGUUCUAUCCACUGUAUGCGGCCGAGAACCUCCUGCCCCCAUAAGAUCAACUGGGAAUGCCAUGUUCAUUCAGUUCACUUCAGAUUCAAGUAUUACUGGUGCUGGAUUUAAUGCUUCUUUCCACAAAAGUUGUGGAGGUACUUUGCAUGCAGACAAAGGUAUGAUAACCUCACCCAACUAUCCCCAAAACUAUUUUCCAAAUCUCAGUUGUUCUUGGCGUGUUCUAGUUCCUGAUGGCUUCAUCAUUGGCAUCCAUUUUGAAGAACCAUUCCAUGUACUGAAUGAUGAUGCAUUUUGCAUUCAUGGAGAUUAUGUUGAACUUAGAAAUGGACCGGAUUUCUCUGCUCCACCACUAGGACCAGAGAACAGAAAUGGGCGCUUUUGUGGUAACAAUACCUUCCCUAUAAUGUUCACCACAGAUAACCAGUUAUUUAUCCACUUCAAUUCUGGGAGCAGUAAUGGAAGCCAGGGUUUCAAACUGAUAUAUGAGGCAAAGGGCCUCGCAUGUGGAGGAAAUGUUUACAUCACUCAAGACAAUCCAUCUGGAUUUAUCUCUUCACCCAACUAUCCUGAAAAUUAUCCGUUUUUUGCUGAUUGCAUCUGGACCAUAACUGUGCCUUAUGGGAUGGCUGUAGAGCUGCAGUUUGAGGAUAUAUUCGAUAUUCUGCCUUCACCCAAUUGUACAAUAGAUUAUCUUGAAUUACGAGAUGGGGCUGAUUCCACAGCUCAGCUCAUCAUUAAAUUAUGUGGGACCUCCAUGCCAGGCAUUCAGAGAUCUUCUGGUUCUUCCCUAUAUAUGAGAUUCCAAUCAAAUAGUAUGGAGAGACGGUCUGGAUUCAAAGCUGAGUAUUCAAGAGCGGCAUGUGGUGGCACACUGACAGGACAAAAUGGACUCAUUGAAAGUAUUGGGUUUUCUGAACUUUACUAUCCAGAUAAUUUAUUAUGUGAAUGGUUUAUCCAUGGACCUGAGAAUCAUUAUCUCACCAUUAGUUUUGAAACACUAGAUAUUCAGCACUCAGUAGAAUGCACAAAAGACUACUUGGUAAUUCGAGAAAAUGGAGUGACAGGGGAAUUGCUAGGUAGAUACUGUGGUACUACUAUACCUACUGCUGUGGACACUGCUAGUAAUUUGGCCUAUAUCAAGUUUGUCACUGAUGAAUCCAUCUAUGCCCGAGGCUUCAGGUUGCAUUUUGCUGCCAGUGCUGAUGUGUGUGGAGAUGAACUUAGUGGUACUGUGGGGACAUUUUCCUCUCCUAACUAUCCAAAUCAUUCCUUGCAUAAAUUAAAAUGUGAAUGGAGAAUCAUAGUGCCAUUUGGACGUCGGAUCACCCUCACCAUCGAUGACAUGAAUUUUGGAUCCAGCGAGAACUGUGGUUUGAACUAUUUGUCAGUUCAUAAUGGUAUCGGUGAAAAAACUCCAAAAUUAUCCAAACUCUGUGGUGUAGUGAUAUCUGGUACCCAAGUUAAGUCCUCUGGCAACAAGAUAACGGUAGUCAUGGUAACAAGCCAAGAUGACACAGAGGCCCGCUUCAGAAUUACAUAUACUUCUAAUGAAGAUGCAGUGUGUGGUGGACUUUUGCUUAGUUCAGACAAUGGCAACCUUACUUCUCCCGGUUAUGAUGGCACAAGCAAUUAUACUGAUAAUUUGAACUGUGAAUGGAUCAUCCAAAAUCCACAGCCAUCCACCACAACUAUAUACCUUUCUGUAGAAGACUUCCAUUUAGAACAACAUAUUAAUUGCCAGAAUGAUUAUGUAGACAUUCGACAAGGAGACAGUGAUGGAGAGCUUUUGUACAGACUAUGUGGACACAGGCCGCCUCUAGAGCCACUGUUAAUAGCAGCUUCUCAAAUCUGGGUACAAUUUUUGAGUAAUAAUGAAAAUACAGACAAAGGAUUCAUUAUGCGCUACUCAUCUUCCGCAUGUGGUGGUGUGAAACAAGCUGAAAGAGGAAUUAUUUCAAGUCCAAACUACCCACAUCCUUACAAUAGUUCUACUCAUUGUUCCUGGCUCUUGAUAGCACCAGAGGGACAUACCAUCAAUCUUACUUUUGUUGCCUUCAAGAUGGAAAUACGAAGGAAUUGUAUGAGGACCUCAGUCACCAUUCUGAAUGGUGGAUCUCCUAUUUCCCCUGUCAUAGGACGAUACUGUGGAACUACAUCCCCAGGCACCAUUCAGUCUGGUUCAAAUAAGAUGUUAAUACAUUUCCAUUCUAACCACUCUGGGCAAGGAGAUGGGUUCAAUGCUACAUGGAUUGCAGAUUCUUUAGGAUGUGGUGGCAUACUUCAUAAAGAAAAUGGUAUCAUAACUUCUCCUUAUUGGCCAGAAAACUUUCCCAAUAACACCAGGUGCUCAUGGACAAUAAUUACCCAUGAGAGCAAACAUUUUGAAAUAAUCUUUGAUCAGAAUUUUGAGAUUCCAGAUAACAAUGGACAUUGCCAGAAUAGUUAUGUGAAGGUAUGGAUAAAUAAGGAACAGGAAGAUACCAUAUUAGCUGUUGGGUGUGGAAACUCAGCUCCAGGGCCUAUAGUUACUCCAGGAAAUGUGAUGACUAUAGUGUUUCAGUCACAGGACAUCUCAGCACGUGGGUUUUCUGUAUCGUUUAUAAGCAGUUGUGGAGCAAAUCUGACAGCAUCAUCUGGUCGCAUUGUUUCUCCUAAUUUCCCUGGUGAAUAUGACAACAACUUGAACUGCAAUUAUUUUUUAGAGGCAGGAUCUCAGGAUGUUGUAAUUCUAAACUUUGAAAAUUUUGACCUGCAGCCUCACAGUGCUUUGGAAUAUUGUGCUUUUGAUGGAGUGAAGAUUUUUAAGAGGAAUACAAUUGUUCAGACACUUUGUGGAAAUAAAAUCCCUAGUCCUAUCAGCAUUGUUGGAUCUACCCUGUUAAAUUUCUACACAGACUCCCAUAUUGUUGGCACUGGAUUUUUGAUCGCUUAUAGAGUAAUCCCUUGUGGUGGUACUUUUAAUGUCUCCAGGGGCAAAAUCAAAAGUCCUACAUAUUCAUUCACCAAAUAUCAUCACAAUAUGAACUGUUCAUACCACAUAACUGUUGGAAACAACAAAAUAGUGGCACUCAAAUUCAACAGCUUUCACCUUGACAUCUCUUCAUCUUGUCUCGGAGACUACGUUGCAGUGUAUGAUGGUCCAAACAUUGCUUCGCCACUACUUGGGAAAUUCUGUGGUGCAAUCCUUCCUUCUCCUAUCAAGAGUUCCUCAAACAACUUGCUCCUAGUAUUUAGGACAGAUGCCUUUGGAGCUGCCGAUGGAUGGGAAGCAUCUUUCAGAGAGACAAUAGGACCUCAGCAAGGUUGUGGUGGCUACUUGACAAAUGCAAGUUAUAACUUUGGCUCUCCAGACUCUGACAAGGAUGGGAAAUAUGAUAAAGAUGUAGAAUGUGUGUGGGUUUUAGCUGCACCUAUAAACAAAUUGAUCAACUUCACCUUUGACACGUUUGAACUAGAAGCAGCAGCAUCUUUUCAAAAUUGCCAAUAUGAUUAUGUCAAGUUAUAUGAUGGCAGUAAUGAAGAUGCCAAUUUAGUUGGAACCUUCUGUGGCUCCAGUCGUCCACCUUAUUUUCUUUCCACUAACAAUUUCUUGACUGUUAAGUUUGUCACUGACACACUGUUAGAAAGAGCAGGUUUCACUGCUACCUAUACUACUGUAGAUAGACUUUGUGGGGGUUUCUAUAAUGCCACUGUUGCCAUGCACACUGCAGCAUCCCCCUAUUUUCCAAAUGCAUAUCCACCACUUACAUUCUGCAAAUGGAUAAUUGAUGCCCCUCCUAAGCAACAGGUCAAGCUAGCAGUGCUGAAAUUCCACCUUCAGCCCAGCCAAGAUUGCUCUCAGAACUAUCUAGAGUUCCAGGAUUCACCACCAGGCAUUCAAGAGCAUAUUGAUCGUGUCCAUCGGUUCUGCGCUUCUGACAACUUUACGGUCCUAGAUUUUUAUUCUUACAGGCAAACUGCCACUGUAAUUUUUAAAUCUGAUGUUUAUAUGCUUAAUAAUGGAUUCCAAUUCACCUAUCAAGCUUCAGGUUGCAACAGAGAAUAUAAUCAGUCAUUUGGUUAUUUGAAAAGUCCUGGCUGGCCUGACCGAUAUCCACCCAACUCAGAUUGUACAAUUAUUCUACGAUCCCCAAUAAAUCAUAUGAUCUCUCUCUUUUUCAGUUCCUUUAAUUUAGAGGACCUUGCAUGUCAAUAUGAUUACUUAGAGGUCAGAAAUGGUAGUGAUAUAAACUCACCACUGCUUGGCAAAUACUGUGGAAAUACUUUACCCAAUCCUAUAUUUCCUAAAAACCAUGUUAUAUAUCUACGUUUCAAAAGCGAUCAUCUACUUUCCCAUGAAGGAUAUGAAAUUACUUGGACUUCAUCUUCAGCUGCCUGUGGUGGUAUCUUAUAUGGCGAGUCUGGUUCAGUCGCCAGUCCAGAAUACCCAGUUUCUUACCAGAAUCAAACUGACUGUGAAUGGAUAAUUAAAGCUCCACAAGGAAGGAUUGUUACUGUUAAUUUUGCUUACAUCAACAUUGAUGAUCCAGGCGACUGUACUAGUAAUUACUUGAAACUCUAUAAUGGACCAGACAGCAGUUAUCCAUCAAUUGGACCAUACUGUGGAUUGGAUACAAAUAUUGCUCCAUUUACAGCCACGUCAGAUCAAGUAUUCAUCAAAUUCCAUGCAGAUUAUGUAACUCACCCAUCAGGAUUUAGACUGACCUGGACUAGCUGACAUAAUUCUCUCAUGGAAAACACUCAGCACUUUCUGUUCUGAAGAGACUUCCCAGAAUACAAACUUCUUGGUGUUAGUAA